AUGAAACGCUUUCAGAAGAAUCCGACUAUUCUCCAAAGCAAGGAUGCUCGCAAAAUCAUCAGAAUGUACAACAAGAUGGCGAAGACUUUGGUCGAGUUCGAGACGUUGUGGUAUGAGGCAUGGCUCAACUCAAUCGAGGUUGCCAAGAGCGGGCUCCAUGCUACACUGAUUGUCCGACAUCCUGAUGACGGCAAAUUCUAUGUCAACUUCGACUGGGAGAUUCUUCAGUUGAUACGGGAGACCAAGUGCCUUGAACGCAUCGGAGUAGAGGUUCCUGGGCCAGCGCGACUUGUGCUAUUACAAGAACAGAAGUUCAAGCAACACUACAAUGAACUGUCGUACAUUCUGAAAGAGUAUCGUCGAGUGGUACAGGCUAUAAAGCCGGUCGUGACGAACCUCCUCAAACCGCAUAUGGACAAUAUGGAGUACCAGCUUAGGCCUGGAAUGAUUGCUCUCACUUGGACGUCUCUGAAUAUAGAGUCAUAUGUGGAGAAUUUAUGGUCGGAACUCAAUGCUUUGGAGGAGCUUGUCAGAACGGUGAACGAUUUGAUGGAUAAUCGUAUUGAUGCUAAUCUCAAGGAUGUGUCUUGCAUGAUACUAUUAGAGUUGCCAGAAGAAGGAGAGGUUGUGAGUCUUGAUGACUUCGUUGAACUCCAGGAACGGCAUGUCCGGGACAUGACCAGCGUGCUUACGGCUAAGUCAGCCGAGAUUGAAGCGGCUGUUGACGAUAUGCUUGGAGCAAUUGUGGCCUACCCGGUCGAUCCAAACGUACAUGGAGUAUCCGAGUCGGAGCUCAUCAAAGUGAAAGCACAUUAUAAUUGGUCUAUGUACCAGGCCCUGCUGAGUGCAACGAAGAGGAGUCUCCAGCUUCUCAAGGCCCGCAUCUGCGCAAGGCCGAUCGUCUCCUCGGUGGAAUACGAUGAGCUGCCUUCACCCUUCUUCGAGGUCAACCUGCAGCUUGAUGGUGUCUCUGUCCGUCUUGACCCCAGUGUAGAAGAGCUGCAGUCGGCUGUGAACGGUGGUGCUGUGUCCAUAUUGAAGUGCAGUAAGAUGAUCGAGGCUUGGGACACUGUGACCAUACCGAAGAGCGUGCAAAUGAUACUCAACCCGAACCUGCCUCCGGUCAUAAGCCUCGGCAGUCAGGGCACCUUCUACGAUCGUGUAGCUCAAGACAAGGAGAUCCUCAAGGUUAUUCUCAUGCUCACUGGAGCUGUUCAGAAUUCCGAGGAUGAAUGUAACGUCUAUCUGGAGCGCUUCUCUUGUUACGGCUGGUUAUGGGAAGACAGCAUUGAAGAUAAGUACAAGGAGUUCGAGGCUACUAAUCCGACCUUGGAUGACUUCGAGUGCAAACUGCGCAGCUUCGCUCAAUUAGAUGAGAAACUUGAUUUGUUCGAGUCCUCUCGCCAGAUCGGCGCCCUCCUACUCCGACCAGAGAGCCUCGCAAAAGGCUUGAAGGGUUUGGCCAACGAAUGGAAGGUGGCGUUCAGUAAACAGCUGCAUGUGAAGGCAAGAGACCGGCUGGAAGCUUUGACGGAGCAGAUCAAAACGACUGCUAAACGCAUGAACCGUACAGUGGAGGACGGCGACAUCGAUGCUCUCGGGUACGUGAUGAGGACCCUCAAUGACGUUAGACGGAAACAGUCUGAGAUCGAGCUCGAGUUUGGACCUAUCACCCACAUGUAUGCAAUUCUUGACACUUACCUGCCGAAACAC